AUUCAAUCCCAUCUCGACCCUCCCUCUCUCCCUCGUCUCUUCUCCUCUUCACUCCUCUUCCCUCAUCUCUCAAACCUCAAACCCCACAGCCAAUUAGGAAAUUCCAAAUUAGGGUUAGGGUUAGGGUUUCGCCCACCACACCUGAUCGAAAUUUCUCCCUCCCUGUAAUGCCCCAGUAACCCUUAGGUCCAAUUCCCCGAACCCAAUGUACGGCCACGCCCACCCCAUGCAGAAUCAGAUCCCCGCCGGCGGUGCCAACGACGACGACGCGCCCGGCGCCGAGUCCAUCGACAACGCCCACAUUCACUACGAAGGCCACACGCUCGAGGACGGCGGCGUCGUCGUCGAGGAGGCCACCUCCGAUGACGUGUACAUUCAAGGCGGAAACACCGACCUCGACAUGGCUAUUCCUUACGAGGGCUCCAGUCAGCUCACGCUCUCGUUUCGCGGCCAAGUCUACGUCUUUGACUCCGUUACCCCCGAAAAGGUUCAAGCUGUGCUAUUACUGCUAGGGGGCUCGGAAUCAUCUUCUGGUAAUCAAGGUGGUGACAUGGCAAUGCAGAACCAGAGGGCCAUAACAGAGUUUCCGGCAGGCUGUACUCAGCCUCAUAGAGCAGCGUCGUUAAAUAGGUUCCGUCAAAAGAGGAAAGAACGAAACUUUGAUAAGAAAGUCAGAUACAGUGUCCGUCAGGAAGUUGCACUCAGGAUGCAGCGUAACAAGGGGCAAUUUACUUCUUCCAAAAAGUCAGAUGGAGAUUACAGCUGGGGUUCUGGCCCAGAGUCAAGGCAAGAUGACAACAAUGCAGAAACCUCAUGCACGCAUUGUGGAACAAGUUCAAAGUGCACGCCAAUGAUGCGGCGUGGUCCAUCUGGUCCAAGGUCUCUUUGCAAUGCUUGCGGGCUCUUCUGGGCAAACAGGGGGGUUUUGAGGGAUAUUUCCAAGAGACCACAGGGUCAUUCUCUGGCAGCUGGAGAACAGGGUGAGGCUGAAGCUGAUGACUCAGACACUGGAAUGGCAAUGGUUGUACACGGUGGUGCAAAUGUUGUUCCCUUAUCUAAUGGUGAUAACAAGGCUUUAGUUGCUGAAACUUAGAUCGUGUGAUUAAAAUGCCAAUUUGCCUCUGGCAUCACAUUCAAGUAGGUUGGGUCGUAAUUUUCAUUAUGUACAGUGAUAAUAGUGCCUUGAUCAAUACAAGAAGUAAUCUAUUUUUUUCUUCCUUUUUUAAGGUUUGGGUACAGUACCCUGGGAGGACAUAACGUAUUUGCAAAACCUAAUCCAAUUUAUAAUAUCAUGUAUUAUCUUGGCACAUGACC